AGCUCCCGAGCCCUGGGUUCCCGCGGCAGAGCGAGAAGGGGGCGGGGCCCGGGAGGGGGAAGCGCCUCCGAGGCGCCAGGACGCCGCGGCGAGAGCCAAUCGGAGAGCGUGACGUCAGUUUGGCGCGGAGUUUGGCGACCGGGGCUUCCAGUGGCGGGAGUUGGAGGCGAAAGCGGGUCGCUUCGCGGAGGGCGUGGAGCGCGGCUCCUGAGCAGCUCGGGGGCGAUCUUCUCGGCGUUUCCCUCGGCGGAGCCUUCUCCUCGGGCCCAGAUGCUCUUCCACUCGGUGCUCCGCCAGCCCCAGCUCGGCGUCCUGCGGAACGGGUGGUCUUCACAUUACCCACUGCAAUCCCUUCUGAGUGGUUAUCAGUGCAGCUGUAAUGAUGAACACACAUCUUACGGAGAAACGGGAGUCCCUGUUCCUCCUUUCGGAUGCACCUUCUGUACUGCUCCCGGCAUGGAGCACAUAUUAGCAGUUGCUAAUGAAGAAGGCUUUGUCAGGCUAUAUAAUACAGAGUCACAAACCAGCAAAAAGACAUGUUUCAAGGAGUGGAUGGCACAUUGGAAUGCUGUCUUUGACCUGGCCUGGGUCCCUGGUGAACUUAAACUUGUUACAGCAGCAGGUGAUCAAACAGCCAGAUUUUGGGAUGUAAAAGCUGGUGAGCUGAUGGGAACGUGCAAAGGCCACCAGUGCAGCCUCAAGUCCGUAGCUUUUUCCAAGUUCCAAAAAGCUGUAUUUUGCACAGGUGGGAGAGAUGGCAACAUUAUGAUCUGGGACACCAGGUGUAACAAAAAAGAUGGAUUUUACAGACAGGUGAAUCAAAUCAGUGGAGCUCACAAUACUGCAGACAAGCAAACACCUUCAAAACCUAAGAAGAAACAAAAUUCAAAAGGACUCGCUCCUUCUGUGGAUUCCCAGCAGAGUGUUACUGUGGUCCUCUUUCAGGAUGAGAAUACAUUAGUCUCAGCAGGAGCCGUGGAUGGGAUAAUCAAGGUAUGGGAUUUACGAAAGAAUUACACUGCCUAUCGACAAGAACCCAUAGCGUCCAAGUCCUUCCUGUACCCAGGUACCAGCACUCGAAAACUAGGGUACUCAAGUUUGGUCUUGGACUCCACCGGCUCUGCUUUAUUUGCUAACUGCACAGAUGACAACAUCUACAUGUUCAACAUGACUGGCUUGAAGACUUCUCCGGUGGCUAUCUUCAAUGGACACCAGAACUCUACCUUUUACGUAAAGUCAAGUCUUAGUCCAGAUGACCAGUUUCUAAUGAGUGGCUCAAGUGAUGAGGCUGCCUACAUUUGGAAGGUUUCCAUGCCCUGGCAUCCUCCUACUGUGCUCCUGGGUCAUUCUCAAGAGGUCACAUCUGUGUGCUGGUGUCCAUCGGACUUUACCAAGAUUGCUACCUGCUCUGAUGACAACACACUGAGAAUCUGGCGCUUGAAUAGAGGCCUGGAGGACAGACCAGGGGUUGACAAACACUCCAUAGUGGGCUGGACCUCGCAGAGGAACAAAGAGGCAAAGGCUGGCCCAGGAACGGCACCAAGUAGCCAGAGCACUCCUGCCAAAGCUCCCAGAGCCAAGAGCAGCCCGUCCACUUCCUCACCGUCAGCCGCAGCUUGUACUCCAAGCUGCGCUGCAGACCUCCCUCUUCCUUCAAAUACCCCCACGUUCUCAGUCAAAACCACUCCUGCCAAGACCCGGUCUCCAGUUGGCAGAAGAGGCUCCAUCUCUGUGUCUCCCAAGCCACUCUCAUCUUUCAAGAUGUCGCUUAGAAACUGGGUGACCCGAACACCUUCCUCAUCACCACCCAUCACUCCACCUGCUUCUGAGACAAAGAUCCCGUCUCCCAGAAAAGCCCUCCUCCCUGUGAGCCUGAAGUCCUCCCAAGCAGAUGCUUGCUCUGAAUCUAGAAAUAGGGUGAAGAGGCGUCUAGACUCAAGCUGUCUGGAGAGUGGGAAACAGAAGUGUGUGAAGAGUUGCAGUUGUGUCACUGAGCUUGACAGCCAAGUAGAGAGUAUUCAUGUGGAUCUGUGCUGCCUUUCUGGCAACCAGGACUCCCUUAGCAAGGAGUCUGCGGAUCCUACCAAAUUGAGCAAGAUCGAAGGCACUGGCACAAGCAUCUCGGAGCCUCCUUCUCCUGUCAGUCCUUACAACCCUGAAGGCUGUGGACCACUGCCUCUUCCUCUGAGACCUUGUGGAGAAGGGUCUGAGAUGGCAGGCAAAGAGAAUAGCUCCCCAGAGAAUAAGAACUGGUUGUUGGCCAUGGCAGCCAAACGGAAGGCUGAGAAUUCAUCUCCACGAACUCCUUCGUCUCAGACACCCAGUUCCAGGAGACAGAGUGGAAAGACUUCACCAGCUCCGGUCACCAUCACUCCCAACUCCAUGAGGAAGAUCUGCACAUACUUUCGUAGAAAGUCUCAAGAUGAUUUCUGUAGUCCUGAACACUCGACUGAAUUAUAGAUUCUAAUCUGAGAAUUCACUGAACUUGGGUCUACAAAGAAGAAAAAAGACUUUAUAAUUCUGGUCUUGUAAGAAAAUGGUCAUGUUUUCAUUCUGGAAAAAGUCUUUCUACUCCUUAGCAGACCUAGUCAGGUCUCACUGUCUAGUGUAGAGACAGCUGCCUGGUGAGUGCCGUUUCCAUUUCCUGUGGUGAUUUGUCAUCUGUAGCCUUUCCCAGCAGUCUGUGGUAGUGACAUCCGGCUCAUGGAGGCAGAAAGGAAAGCAUGCCCCUUGUUACCCUGGCUGUGUGUAUAGUGGAGUGCCCAAAGUCCAACACAUGGCGUCGGCGAAAGCCAAUCUGAAGACAGAAGGUGCCUUCUGCAAGCACGGCCUUACCUGGGUAUGUAUCUGUUCACUAUGCUUGUGUGUUUUCCAAACUGUAAAAAAAAAAAAAAAAAAUGAUAUUCUUGUGUACAUUCAUGGUGGUUUCCAUGUUAAAAUACAAUAUCUUGAGUUGAGGUUGUGAUUAUCUUAAAUGCGGUGCUCAAUGUCAACUCUUUAGAGAAAGGAGAAAACAACAGAAAGCUGGGUUUGCGUCCCUGAGAGCUGUGUAGGUCUCAUUUUUUCCUAGAUUUCUGUUACAAACCAGCAUUGUCAUGUAGUUGGAGCAGUUGAGCACUUUGAGAUGCUUUAAAAAGUCGGUUACACUGAAACCAGGGCUACAUGUUAAUGUCAUAAUCAGGCUUUUAAGAUUAAAGGGACUUCUUACCACUUUUUAUAAGGAUGGUAGUGCUGAACUAAAGAGCCAGACCUGGAAAACAAGCAUUGGUUUUAUUUUGUUUUCACAAAAGGCACUAACUAGCAUAUUGUUAAGCAAAGAAACCCACAGCACUUUAUCUUGACCUUUAGUGCAGAGGGUAUGUCAGCUGACUCUAAAUAGUGUUUGAAAUACUUUAACUUUUCUUUCCUUUAAAUGCUACAUGUCAUUCCUCAUGAAAUGAGCAUCAUAUCUCCCUUUGCAGCCUCUUGGAAAGAAACUUUAUCUUCAGGGAAAACGUUCCCAUACAGUUAGGAAAGAGUUUGUUUCAUUCAGAUCCCUAGGGACUGGUUAAACUUUUUCUAUUCUUGUGAUUUUUAAACCUUUUAUUAAAAACUUUAAUUCCUUUGAGAUUGUGAAUUAAGAUUAUAAAACAAACAGGACUGAAUAAUAAGUCAAGUAAUAAGCGUUGGUUUUCUGUGGUUUUAAUCAAGGAGAGAAAAAAAAAACAUUAAAGGACUCGGGAGGCAGAGGCAGGCAGUCUCUUGAGUGCGAGGCCAGCCUGGUCUGCAAAGCAAGUCCAGGGCAGCCAGGGCUCUUUUACACAGAGACUCCCUGUGGGGUGGGAGGUGGGAGAGAAAGUCGGAUUACAAUUUAAAACACACAUGGUAGCAUUAACUGAUUAUUGGAAUCUACAGCGGUUUGCUUUUAGAGUAUUAGGCAGUAGGAAGGUAUUUUUCGUGAUGCAUACCUGCCAAUAGUGUUGAACACAUCUUGCUUUGAAAGCCAGUGGUGGUCAGUGAAGAUGGCUUGUGUCCACGCCUGGCAGCACUGCCAGGUGAGUCUGUGGGCUGUGCCUGGAAAACUGGUGCCACAGAUGGGUGUUGUAGGUCACGUGUGACAAAGCAGUAAUUAUCCCUACCUUUAUUUUUUAUUUUUUAGUAUCAGACUUUGAGCUGACCCUGAAUAAGCCUUUUAUUAUCUGGUGUCCUUUCCCAAGCUUUUUACAGUGACCUGGAAGCAAUCUACACAGAAGUAAUACUAUAGAGUCCCUUUUUCUUGUUUAUGGAGUAAAAUGUGCUUGUUUCCAAAGAUAUAAUCUAGUUUAAACUGAAAGAUGCUCUAAUAAAUGCCUUACUUUGUCAAA